GCUUUCUCCUGUGCUGUCUGAAAAUGUCCUUAUUCUGAGUCAUGCUUGGAGAUAGGGCAGUUGUAACAGAAUCUUAGAAUAGUUUGGGUUGAAGGGAUCUUUCAGAUCAUCUAGUUCCAACUACCCUCUGGAUGUGACCUACUGACUAACUCCGUGAACAGCUGGAAGUUUGAUUUCCUAAAAUUCAGGGUCCUGACUUUGCUCCUUGCCUGACCCAUAUCCCUCAGGGCUGUGAACUCAACCAGUGCAUGAUCACUGCAGCCCAGGCUGACUGCAGUCUUGAUGUCACUGAUUAGCUCAGUUGUCCAGUAUCGCAUCCCCCAUGGUAGGGCUGUUGUUACCUGGCAUAAGAAGUUAUCCUCAGUGCAUUCCAGGAGUCUCCUGGAUUGCCUACACCUUGCUGUUCUACUUUUCCAGCAGGUGUUGAAGUCCCCCAGCAGCACGAGAGCCUGUGAGCGCGAUGCCUUCUGUAGCAGGAGUAAGAAGGCUUCGUCAACAGGAUCUCCUUGAUCUGGUGGCCUCUAGUAGGCAUCAACCACAAGGUUCCCUUUGUUGCCUUGGUCUCUAAUCAACCCGCUCAUGGCUAUUCUUCAGAGACAGCUGUACUUGCCAGAGACAGUUAGCUUUGCCACCGGACUUCUGUGGUAUCAAGGCACUUUCAGAAAUUACAAAGAUGGUCAUUGUCAGUGUAUCUAAGCCAUGGCAAAAAAGUGUAUACUUGCAAAUACACUUGUAAUUUACAAAAUACUGUAUUGACAGAACAGUUGCACUUGCUUCCUUUGCUUGCAAAUGAAGUAAAAUCAAUUUAUUGACACCUGCAUAUUGGUGAUUUCAUAUGAGAAUUUUUAGAAGCCUCCUUGAUCCAGUGCUAGUUUUGAGCAUUCAGAAACUGAAGUCACAGCAGCCUACUGCAUGUCAUCUAUCCACCUCCUUUCUAGCUGCUCUCUGUUAUGAUGACUUGUCACCGUUCCCUCCGUAAUUACAUUCUCAAGGUUAUUUCCAUCUCCACUCCUGAUGUGUCCAAAGCACAUACAUUUACACCUGUUCAUUUCUGACAACCAAGUCCACUUUUCUCCAAUGAUAUAUUUAAUAGGAGCAUUUAUCAUCUGUCUAGGAGAUAGGCAAGAGUCUUUGCUUGCACCACAUCUCAAAAGCUUAAAUUUUCUUUCUGUCACUAUCAAUAAUUUAUCAGAAGUCACAUUCAUAAGUAGCUACAGCAAAAAAUUAAGCAUUUCACUAGUCAUAUCUUCUACUUUUGGGGUGGUUUGUUUUUCCCCAGGCUUUUGUAAGGGAAGCCAUCGAUGGAUCAACUAUUCUUCAAAUUUUUCCAGUUCCUAUUCGAUUCUGAUUGGAUAAGUUUGAUCCCAGGUAACUGAAUUUAUGAACAGUCUCUGUAGCUAGACCAUUAAGCAUGAUGUUAACUUAUAUUCUAUUUUUAUUAAUUAAGUAACGUUAUUUUAUUUAUGGCACACUCAAGAAUAACCUGCAUUUUUCAUUAGCCUUUUAUUGGCUCUCUAAUACUGCUGCACAGCAGAAGCAGUUAUGACAAAGUAUGUUACAUCCUCAGCUGAAGGUCACUUAAAAGGAGUCCAUUUCAAAUUCAGCUUUUCCAUUCUGUAAGUCCUUCCCAGAUUUCUUUUCCCCCAGCCAGGUUGCAAGGAAAUCUGCAGUUACCUGUAGCUGUAAUGGUAGCGUAUGGCUCUUUAUGAUUGCUGUAUUAUUUCAAAUAACAGGGCAGAUUUGGGGAAUUUCUGAGUGUAUGGGACUGCAUAGAGGAAAUAACACUGAGGAAAUUGGGAAAGUUUGGUAAUAUAUUUAGCUCAUGGCAGCUACCUACUAGUGGGAAGUCAGUAUGAGCAGAGUCUCUCCCUCUGCCCCAUUAGUUGAAAACUGUCCUGUUCUCAACUGUUAAAAACCUGUUAAAAAAUGAGAACGUGUGGAACUAGCAAAUUCUGAUUAAGAGGCUCCUUUGUGGAAAGUAUGGAUUGUAUUUGUGAUGCUGCUGUUCCUAAUUCUUUCACAGAUACAAUGUCUGCUGCUUAUAGUACAGAAAAGAAUUAUAUGAAACUUUACAAAUUAAUAUGAACUUGGAAUUUAUGAUUAUGGUCAAAGAAAGAUCUGAUGAAUGGAUGGUCUCAGAGCUGUACUGUAAUGAUGGGGUCAUUUCAUUUUGAUGGAUAGGUCAUCAGCCAGCAUGACAGAGAAGCACACUGACAACACAGUGGUUCAGCAGCAGGGAAUACUGAGUAUCAGUGGAAGAAGAUUUUCCUAAAUUCAGGGUUUGUCCCUUGACCCUUUGCCAGAUAGAAGAAAUGGGAACACAAGAAAAGAUCAGGAUGGAUUUUUGAUAUCCACAAAAUUUGACAUAUCAGAUUGAUAAAAACAGCACAGCCGAGAACAUCCAAUACGGAAUCAGAUUCACCACAAAUCAAAACUGAAGUGCGAGCUUAUUUCAAAUUCAGAAGAUCCUUAUAGCAGUGAGGCUGCUGUCAGCUAUAUAAGCAUGACCUCGUUCUUUGCCUGCAGAGGAGAUACAUUUAAGUGUAAUUCUUUACUUCUUGGAUUACAGCAUUUAUUGUCAUAAUCUCUCUGCAUCUCCUUUCCAAAAACCCAAGCAUCUUUGUAGUCCAUAUAUUCUGGCAAUAUUUAGUAUAAUAAGCAAAUUUUAUUUCUGUUCUGCAAUAUGUCUGGAGUAUCUCAUUAAAGUACAAGUAUGUUAAAUGCAGACUAGUAAUACACUGCUUUAGAAUGCCUUUAAACAGGAAUUUUCAAAUCUACAACUAUUAAUGUUCAGCAAUAACCUUAUAAACAAGCGCCUUUGAUAGUUUACUGAUGGGUAGGUGAAUCAAAGUACUGAUUUACUGAUUUGUUUAGUUUUAUAAAACUUCUAUGCUUCCUCUCCCCUUUUUUUGUUUCUACUUAAGGAAUUAAACUUCUGCUUUGGAAAUCACAUGCUGGCUGAGGGAAUAGUUAUCUUUUGUAGGAACACAAACUUCCAAGAUCAUGGACAAAGUAAUAUUAACUGGAGACACAGACAUUCCAAGAAGCCAAGUUAAACAUCUUAAAUCAGCACUAAGGUAAAUCCAUUAAAAAAAAAAGGGGGGAGGGGAAGGGGGGUAGAAGCUGACACUUUUUAUUUCCCCCAGUGGUAAAUGAAACCUAAAGCUGGCUCAGACUGUGGAAGGCUCCUCAGGAAGAGGAAGGGUUAUAGCUUGGAGGGACUGAAUCAAUUUUGAUGAAAAUGGUUUCUGCAGGAACUAGAUGAGGGGUCUUUUCAUCUCAGGAAAAAAACAUGAUAAUUUGGGGCUUUAAUUGUAUAUAUUAAUGGUCCAAAGUAAAAUUCUGAAUAAGGAUAAAAACUAUACCUUAAGUUCCUGGAAAGAUAACUUAUUUCAGGCUUGCUGCAGGCAGGCAUGAAUUUUUAAUGCACCCUUAUUUCUCAGGCGUUUUCCUACAGUAUUUAUUUUGUAUAUUCAAUAUGUUACUAUAAGUAAAAAUAAGUCUUUAAAACUGACAAAGUUAAACAUGUCUUUCUUGCUACACCAGAAUGUUCUUCAAACCAAAAAUUUAGCUGCAAAUUGUUCUUGCAAAUCAAAGUCUAAUUUUUUUUAACUAUAGACCCUCAAAGCCAAUUUGAGCACAGAAGAAAGGAAAUCACAAUUUGCUGAGUAGACUUAGGCUGUAUAUAAUCAGAGACAUUAAAAAGGACUGACAUUUCCUUGUUUUUAUGGCCAAACUCUGGUAAUAAUACUAUUUUAAUGUGAUUUAUAACAUAAGCAAGAGCAUAGUAAAGUAUUUUUACUUUGAGAAGGCAGCAUUUAGAAACUAAAAUGGAAAAUCUGUUGUUAAAGCAUUCAGUGAAGACCAGACUAAACACUUGAGCCAAACAGCACAGAUUACAUGCUGUAUGUUCAAGCCACUCCAAGUAAAAACAAGCCAACUGUAGACAUAAGGAGAGGGAGGAGUGAAAAAAAACCCCAACCAACCAACCAACCAAAGCCAACAAAUACCCCCCACCCAAUAGCAAAUAGGUGAUUAUUGUGCUAAGUUUGAAAAAGUUUGGUAGAAACUCAAAAAAAAAUAAAGACACAUACUUAAAAGAACUUCUAAUACAGUGCUUAUAAUUAUGUAGACACCAAAAUCCCCCGUGUUUAAAGUGUUAACUGUGGUGGCGAGAAAUCUGCCAGUACCCAAAUUAGUCUGCCAUUUUCAUGGUGUCAAAUACUGUAAUAUGUACAACUGGCAAAGAACAACAUAGUUUCAUGCCUCAAGUGCCAGCAGCAACCCCACUAGCAGUGCAGUUUAAUGGAGGCUAUCAGACUCGAGCAUACUGAAAACCUCUCUCUUCCUCUUUUUUGGCAACCUUAAAAAUAUAAAGACAUAGUCAUUAAACUGGAAUUUACAUGACCUAUUUUUCCAAACGUAUGAUUAACACAUCACACCCUUAAAGAAAAAUGAUUUUGUUUCUGAUACUUGUCCAGACACUGAAUGCAUGAAGGAAACAGUGCCUGAUAAAUGCAUGAAGCUACCACAUGCACACACAAAUUCUGAUCAAGGCUUUCCCUCCAGAUUUUUGGACAUGUACAGUAUCAGUGUAUUGAAUAAUUAUUUAUUUUCCUUUCGUGAGUCAUGGUAAGAGGCAGCUUUUUUGAAACUUGACAGCACAUCCUGUGUAUGAGUACAUAUACGCUUUACGUAUGGUAUUAGAAAUGUGAAUGUUUAUUCUUGUUUAUUUAAACAUUGCACACCAUAAAACUAAAAGAUAAGCACUGAAAUAGCAAAGUAAUGGGCAAACUAUUAAUGCCUAAAUCAAUUCCUAAAACAUUAAAUGCUUUGAGUACUAAUUUGAAAAUUUAUAGCAUUACUUUUACUGUAAAAUACAUACAAUCCUACCCAUAAAACCUAUUUGCCUUUAUGUUGCUGUGCUGCCAAAGAGGACUGUGAUCCCUACAAACUAAUUAAUUCCAAGAGGAAUUACUCUGAGCACCUUUCUACAGUUUUCACAAGACUAUAGUGAGCUACCCAUGCAUAAUUAGUUCACCUUAAAACUAGCUAUUUCUUUUGCACUUGCUUAUUCCUUGUUGGCAUUAAAACUAAAGUUACAGCUCUAAUGCAGACAGGUUGGUUUUGGUGCAGACGGAAAGUCUCUGCAGGCCCCAGAAGGAAGGAGCAGUGGGAUUAGGAGUGACUGAGAUACAAAACUGGCCCUGACUUUUUGGUCUUUCUUGCGAAGCAUGUAAGAUUAGGUGCUAAAUAAGCAGCGCUGUAGUAGCCUGCUGAAGGCUAGUUCUCGCUUCCGUCUUUGAAAGAAAAUGAAGGACAAAUGACGCUGGGGAUGCCACCCCGUUCAGGAAUGGGAUGAAUCACAAUGAGAGGCACCUUCGGGCCUGGAAACAAUCUUACUCUCCUCGGGGGAAACGUUUUUCCCCUCUCACAGGAGUGUCACUGCUUCUACUCCCCGGGAAGAUCACAGCGGGACACCUCCAGGCAACGUCCACCUGAGGCAUUGUGCCCUAAUGGGAGGCGGUUGAAUGCGAUGGCGGGGAGGUAGCUCAAGACAAUGGGGUAGGAAGGCACCCAUCUCCUUCUGGAAUUCGAUGAACAAGCAGGAAGAAGUGGAGACCCCGCCUAUUAUCUUGAUGGGGCGGGCAGUGUGAGCUGCCCUAUUCUUAGAAUUCAGUAAUGGGUAAACUUCGUGUCCAUGGGUAAACUUAAUGCCCAUUUGCUGAGCGUGAAAUUUCUCAGGUCAGCAAGUUUCUAUACAACUGCAGAAAAGUUUCCCAGUGCAACUUCCUUGAGGAGUGUUGUCGUUUGUUUUUUAAUUGUUAUUUUUAAGAGCUUUGCCCCUUGUGUUGAUGAAUUCAAAACUCUUGUUCAGAUGCCUAGUUCCCUUCAUGGUGGCUUCACAGGAGUUCUAAUUAAAGAGCUGCUUAUCAUCUCAGUCUGUCAGGAGCAUGCCUCUCUUUCAUCUUUCCAUAAUCUCCCAUUGUUCAACAAAUGUCCAUUGCUCGUUGCAGAUAAUGAAGCCCUCUCCUAAUAGUUGCUCCUCUGCACUCCUCUUGCAGCUCAUCACCUCCACGGCAAUCACUGAUGCCAGCUCCCACCACUCUCCUCGGCUUCCUUAAAAACUCAUGCCAUUUCUCCUCCAGCAUCAGCCCCCAGAUCCACUGCAUCAUUCUGCACUGCAGCUUUCUCUUCUGCUACGACUUUAGACGCUGCUUAGUAGAACAGGACAGCGGCAGUGGCACCAGAAAUUAAACAUCUAUCCAUUUUUUGUUACGGAUUUGAAACCUGUCGCUACGUGGCUAUGAGGUUUCACUAUGCUCUUCUUGACCUCUGUAAUCAACGAACGUCCUGUCACCAGUAACGUGCCCUCUACAGGCGAGGUCUGUCUGUUCACGCCGGUUCUCCCAUGCCGGUGGAGCACCCAGUCACCCUUUUCGACGGUGAACUCGUGAAGCUGUUUCAGCAGUCAAGUUUUAUCGGUAACCACUAGACAAGGUGGCGAGGGCCGCCUCCUGGGGAGGAGGGCUGCCCGCAGCCUCAGCCGGCAGCAGGCGGCUCCCGCUCCCCUGUGGGAGUUUCUUCUUUUCCUUCGGAAUGACCCCUUGCAGCGCUGCCGGUGCCGGCAGGCCCCGCCGCACCACAGGCGCUGCCGCCCGCGACACCCGAGGCCGGGAGCGGCCGCUGCCCCUGGCCACCGCGGGCCCGGCCACCGGGGCGUCUCCUCGCUACGCGACGGCCGGGUUACACGCCGGAGCGGCCCGGGCGGCGCUGUGGGCCCCAGGCGGGCAGGGGGGCGGCGCGGCGCGGAGCCUCCUCCCGGGCUGUUCUUCCCCGGCCGGACGGAGAGCGGCACUGUGUCCCCGCGGCGCACGCUCCGCCGGAGCCUCCCCCUCUCCCCGGCCGCCGCCGAGCAGCUCCCCAGUCCCCGCGUCCGCCGCCGGCGGAAGCCAGCGAGCCGAGCGGCGGGAGGUAAAGGCCGGCGGGGUCUGGCGCGAAGCGGCGGGACCGGGGAGGAGCCUCGCCUCCCCCCCGCUCCCGAUAGGGUGCGGGCCCCGCGCUGUUCGCCGGGGCCUCCGCCAUCUCGGGGGCGGGGAGGCGGCCGGCCCAUGCGGCGGCUGCGGCACAGCUCUCCCACAGUGGCGGCCGGGCGUGCGGGGCCCCCAUCGCUGCGUCCCCGCAGCGCGGAGGGGCCCGGUGGCGCCGGGGGGCCCGUCCCCAGGCGUCACUGGAGGGGAGUUGCCUGCGGGUGGGAGGCGAGGCAGCGGGGCGGGUGCUGUGCUGCGCGGCGGGCCCGCCCGCCAGCGGGGCUCGGCCGGGGGCCACGGGUCCGCGAUGGCAGCUCUCCUGGGCGGGAAGGGGGCCGCGGCCGGGGGAGCGUUGUCGCUAGCGGCGGGUGGUCCUCUCAGCGCCGGGCUGAGGCCGCCGCUCCGGCCUGCCCUCCCGGGGACCUUCCUGUGGGCCUUGCCCCCGGAGCUGCCGCUGGGCCGCCGCUCCCCGCCGUUGCGAUGGACACUGCGGGCGCUUGUCGGCGUGAGGGGCCGGCUGCCUGCCCCGCUCUGCCGGUGGCUCUUCCUCGCCCGGCACUCGUGUAAGCGGUGCCCGGAGUUCCCCUCAGAAGUAGCGGCUCCUGCCCCCGUCAGCCCCCGGGAGGGCCGCGGCCUGCUCUGCCCUGCCCUGCCUUCCCCUGCCGGCGGCUGGGGCCCGUGUGGCGGCCCCGACCGCUGCAGGAAGGGUCGGUGGAAACGCUUCGCGCGUUUGUCCCGAGAAAAUGAUGCGGAGUGUCCGUGA